AGCAAAGAGCAACAGUUUAGUUUCAAACUUCAAACUACAAGCAAAUUCAAGAUGUUCAAGUAUCUGCUGGUCGCUCUCUUUGCGCUGAUUGCUUGCGUUGCAGCCAAGCCUGGUCUGGUCUAUUCCUCGCCCUAUGUGGCCUCGCCAUACGUUGCUGCCUCGCCCUAUGUAGCUGCCUCGCCGUACGUUGCCUCGCCUUAUGUGGCAUCACCAUAUGUGGCUUCUCCCUAUGCCGCUGCCUACACUGCCGCCGCCUACACUUCACCACUGCUGCUGCGCAAGUAA